GUGGCUGUUAAAUUUUAAACUGCCAUGCACUCGGCUUCCAGUAUGCUGGGAGCGGUGAAGAUGGAAGGGCACGAGCCGUCUGACUGGAGCAGCUACUAUGCCGAGCCAGAGGGCUACUCCUCGGUGAGCAACAUGAACGCCGGCCUGGGGAUGAACGGCAUGAACACGUACAUGAGCAUGUCGGCGGCCGCCAUGGGCAGCGGCUCGGGUAAUAUGGGCGCCGGCUCCAUGAAUAUGUCAUCGUAUGUGGGAGCGGGCAUGAGCCCGUCUCUGGCCGGCAUGUCCCCCGGGGCGGGCGCCAUGGCGAGCAUGGGAGGCUCGGCCGGGGCGGCCGGCGUGGCAGGCAUGGGGCCGCACCUGAGUCCGAGCCUGAGCCCCCUCGGGGGUCAAGCGGCCGGGGCCAUGGGCGGCUUGGCCUCCUAUGCCAACAUGAACUCUAUGAGCCCCAUGUACGGGCAGGCGGGCCUGAGCCGCGCGCGCGACCCCAAGACGUACCGGCGCAGCUACACGCACGCCAAGCCGCCGUAUUCAUACAUCUCACUCAUCACCAUGGCCAUACAGCAGAGCCCCAACAAGAUGCUAACGCUGAGCGAGAUCUACCAGUGGAUCAUGGACCUCUUCCCCUUCUAUCGGCAGAACCAGCAGCGCUGGCAGAACUCUAUCCGCCACUCGCUCUCCUUCAAUGACUGUUUCCUCAAGGUGCCCCGCUCGCCUGAUAAGCCCGGCAAGGGCUCCUUCUGGACCCUGCACCCCGACUCCGGCAACAUGUUCGAGAACGGCUGCUAUUUGCGCCGCCAGAAGCGCUUCAAGUGCGAGAAGCAGCUGGCCCUGAAAGAAACCGUGGGCGCCACGGGCAGUGGAAAGAAGGCGAUUGCUGGGGCUCAGGCCUCGCAGGGUCAGCUCGGGGAGGCCUCUGGGCCGGCCUCUGAGACAACGGCGGGUACUGAGUCACCCCAUUCGAACGCCUCUCCGUGCCAGGAGCACAAGCGAGGGGGCCUUGGGGAGCUGAAAGGGACGCCAGCCGCAGCCCUAAGUCCCCCGGAGCCGGCACCCUCACCCGGGCAGCAGCAACAGGCCGCGGCCCACCUACUGGGCCCCCCCCAUCACCCAGGCCUGCCGCCCGAGGCCCACCUUAAGCCGGAGCACCACUACGCCUUCAACCACCCCUUUUCCAUCAACAACCUUAUGUCCUCGGAGCAGCAGCACCACCACAGCCACCACCACCACCAGCCUCACAAAAUGGACCUCAAGGCCUACGAACAGGUGAUGCACUAUCCUGGCUACGGUUCCCCCAUGCCGGGAAGCCUGGCCAUGGGCCCGAUCACGAACAAAGCAGGCCUGGACGCCUCGCCCCUGGCCGCGGACGGCUCCUACUACCAGGGGGUAUACUCCCGGCCCAUUAUGAACUCCUCUUAAGAUGGCUGCAACCCGGCUAGCCCAGACAAGGACAAAAGACAGAGGAAGUGAGGUGGAGACUUUGAAGUAAGGGUGUUGGAGAGAUACAAGGGAGAAGAAAACCAUUACACCCCCAUCCCCACGACAGUAGUUUCCCCUCAUUCUUUAUAGCUCUUCCCUCCCAAACAAAUGGGCCACACUGAUAUGUAUCAUUCUAUAUAAGGAGAGAAAUGGGGGUGGGAAAGAUUAACAGUAAAAAAGGAAAAAAGAGAAAAAAGCCCCCAGUUUCCACUACUGUGUAGACGCCUGCUUCUUGAAGCAUCUGGGAAUUCUGAUUUUUUGUUGUUGUUCUCCAUUGCUGUGGUUGCAGGGAAGUCUUACUUUAUAUAUAAAAAGUUUCACAAACUUUUGUGACUCAGUGUAAAACCAUGUAGUUUUAACAGAGAACCAGAGAGUUGUACUAUUGUAAAAAAGAAGGGAAAAUGAUGUAAAGGUCUGUUGUAAGUGACCAAGAAAAA